AUGUCUUCCGCAGAGCUAGAAAAGGUUUCCGAAACUACGCUGGAGAAGACAAUGAGCGCAAAGGAUGCAGAGGUCCAAGCGCACAUGACUGAGGAUGAUGCCGACGAAGCUCUCAAGAUCGUCCAGGAAGAGGGUGAGAAUUUCACUAUGACUCCACAGGAAGAGGCCGCCCUUCUCCGCAAGAUUGACUGGCAUAUUCUACCGCUGCUUUGUAUUGUUUAUGGGCUGCAAUACCUUGAUAAGACCACCCUGUCUUAUAGCUCAAUCAUGGGCAUUUCGACAUAUGCAAAUCUUGUUGGGCAGGAAUACAGCUGGCUCGCCGGCAUAUUCUACUUUGGCUAUCUUGUCUGGGAGUAUCCCACCAACCGCCUGCUGCAGCGCCUUCCCCUCGCGAAGUACACUGCUUUCAACAUCAUUGUCUGGGGCACGAUCUUGGCUUGUAUGGCCGGCGCAAAGAACUGGGCCGGCUUGAUGGUUGUUCGCUUUUUCCUUGGCAUUUUCGAGGCUUCCGUGUCGCCCGGUUUCGCAUUGUUCACCAGCCAAUGGUACAAGACUAAUGAACAAGGUGCCCGAACCGGCCUAUGGUUCUCCUUCAACGGAUUCGCUCAAAUCUUCGGUGGCCUUGUAGCUUAUUCUCCGGUUACGGCGCAUUUCCUUACUCCCCGCGAGAAAGCAAUGGCCAUUGAACGCAUUCGUGGAAAUAACCAGGGCAUUGGCAACAAGCACUUCAAGUGGUAUCAGUUCAAGGAGGCUCUUCUGGACGUGAAGACCUGCCUUUUCGUCGCUUAUGCCUUGAUUGCGGAUGUCCCGAACGGCGGCAUUACUAAUUUCUUCUCCAUUGUCCUUACGUCUUUUGGCUUCACAGCCCAGCAGUCACUACUUUACGGCUGCCCAGCCGGCGCAAUCGAAGUCAUCACCCUGAUCGGCUUCCUAUGGCUCGGUGACCGCUACGGCAACAGGCUCUUGUGGGGCGCCAUAAGCCAGGGUAUUUCCAUGCUUGGAAUGGUGCUCGUGUACGCUCUCCCCAGUGACUUGAAAGUGGGCCGGCUUAUCGGCUACUACCUAACGGGGGCCUCUGCAACCGGCUUCGUCGUCCUCCUGUCUCUCAUAUCCAGCAACGUCGCCGGUUAUACGAAGAAGACAACCGUCUCGGCGCUGUAUCUUAUCUUCUACUGCGUUGGGAAUCCCAUUAGACCUCAAGCCUUCCAAUCAAAGAACGCCCCGUUCUAUACGCCGGCUUUGGCCGCUAUCGUUGCAUGCUUUGCCGCAUGCAUGCUCAUUCUGCUGGCACUUUGGUACGUUAACUACGCUGAGAACGUCCGGCGCGAAAAGAUGAAGGCUGCGGGCGAGAUUGUACAUGUUCCCAACCAGGAGUUUCUGUGA